AUGCCUUUAAUUAUAAUUUGUGGUACUCCUGUGAGUGGCAAAACAUCAAGAGCAAUAGAAUUGAGAGAUUUCUUUGCAAAUAAACAUGGUAAAAAGGUAGAAAUGGUUUCAGAAGAUGAAGCGAUCGUGAAGUUAGGUUAUGAUAAAAAUUCCACAUAUUUGGACUCACAGAAGGAGAAAAGAGUGAGAGGAUACCUUAAAUCAGAGGUUUUACGUCUUAUAGGAAAGGACAAUGUCGUUAUAUUGGAUGGAAGUAACUAUAUCAAAGGUUACCGCUAUGAACUGUACUGUGCGUCGAAAGCAUCAAAGUCGACACAAUGUACUGUAUACACUAUAAGGAACCAUGAUGAGGCCUGGGAGGACAAUCUGAAGAGGGAGAGUGGUGAGGACAGCUCCUCUGUACCUUACACGGAGGAAGUGUUCAAUGCAUUGUCAAGGUUGAGGUUUGAAGAGCCAAAUUCGAACAGUAGAUGGGACAGUCCACUGUUUACAGUACAACCUACAGACGAAAUGAACCUAGAAGAUGUGUACAAAGUACUGUUUGAGAAGAAACCACCACCACCUAAUAUGAGCACACAGAAUGCCCCAUUAACAUCAACAAACUUUCUAUACGAGCUUGAUAAAGUCACACAGGCAAUAUCAAAACAGAUUCUAGAAGCAAAACAACUAAAUAUGGAUGGAGAAGUAAAAUUCCCAGACUAUCCAGGCUGUGUUUUGGACGCUGGCAACACCCAACUUGUCAACCCACAGAAACUACUGAAGUUGAGACGGCAAUUCUUAACAUACGCUAAAAUGAACCAUUCUAAUGAAGAAACGAGUAAAAUUGGACGAUAUUUUAUACAGUAUUUGAAUAAAACUUUGACGGAUUAG